UUUCUUUGUAUGGAAGAGUAGAUAGAUAGCUUUUCAAUUCAGGUUCGGGAUUUGGUUUGGCGCUGUUUUGCCUCGGAUGUCCAUUGUUCUUUCCAAAUUCGAAACAGGAGAACCAAUUUCUGCCCUAAUCCGUAGUCGACGGAGACCUGCGCCAGCAUCAAUCAAAUUAUCUACAGGAAUGGAAUCGAUAAAGGAGCUCACCUCAAUGAAAGAGAGACAGCUUAAGACAAUGCAGCAUGAACUUGGAUGUACCGUGGCAGUACUCAGAAUGAAGAAUUUGGCAUUGGAUGAGAAGGAGAAACUGAAUAAAGAACUGAGCGAGAAGAUCAGAAUUGUGGAGGAGCAUGCUAAUAAUGCUGUGGAUGCAACAAUUAUAAGACCAACCCAGUUAGUUAGUAACAGCAUGAAUCCACAAUCAGAUGAAAAGGAGCUGUACAAUGAAUUUUGUGAGAAUGCCAGAGCCGAGCACUCCACUGUGUGGAGGAUACAACGGGUGCAUCAAUAUCUUACUCUAAUAGUAAUAGCCUGUCCACCAACAGCGAUAGGAGGUGUAUACUGAGAAAGAAAAGCUUCACUACCUUGAACCAUCAAACAGCGAGGAAAACAGAUAAUGAACCGGAGAAGGUCAUAGCUGAGGUACUCAGCUACACAUCCUCUUUUCCUUAGUUUGUUUCUCUCGCUACUUCUUGAUUUGCAACUUUUAAGCAAAGGACUCGAGUAUGUUGAGCUUGCAACAGACUCACCAUGGUUAAAGUUAGUAAAAGUGGUGCCAUACCCUAGGAACUAAGAAUUGAAUGCAACUCUAGGAACUAAGAAUUGAAUGCAUCGACUGUCAUGUGAUAUUCGAUAUGUUGUCUUAUUAUUGAGUUUCAACAGUUAAUAUCCCCCUUCUUCCCUUUUUCGGAGAGGUUGAAGAAAGAAUCAAGUGAGAAGAACAAGGAUGCCAAGGUAUUUGGUGACGCUCCCCUUUUAAGGAAAUUAGUUUGGUUACACAAAUAUUUGGCUGACAUUGCCUAUUCUAACUUCCAAUUUAAGGAGCUCUCCAAGUGCGCUGAAGUUGGGACUGACACAUCAAAAUGCCAUAUAGUUGACAGUGACAUGGCUUGUGAAACCAACAGAAGGCCGAACACUUAGAAGUCACAAUAAGUGAAGUGUUGGUUUGGGUGUAGACCAAACCUGUCAGGCGAGCUCGAGCGGGCGAUGAGCUCCUUCAGGCGAGCUCGACAAGAUCUGCAGGCGAGCUCGGGGUCGAAGUUCAGGCGAGCUCAACUACGCAGCGCAGGCGAGGAACUCCAAGCGAGCUCGGGGUUGAGGCGAGAUGCAGGCGAGCUCGGUCGACAUCAGGCGAGCUCUGAGUCGGGUUGACACAGACGACGUGGAAUCAGGCGAGCUCAAGCGCUCGUUUGAGUGCGGGACAGGCUGUCGACAGCCCACCUAGGGUUUCCUUAUAAAAGAAAAACCCAGAGCCCCCUCUGUUGCUUCUUCUCUCUCUCCUUCUCACGACUAUAAGCCUUGGCGGCGACGACCUUCUCUCUCUGCUCUCUUCUUUUUCUCCAGCGUUCUCUCAAAGAUUUGAGGGGAGGGGGAUUUUAUUAAGAAGGGAAUUGUUGAUUGUGAGGGAGGAAUUAAAGAGGGGGGAAUCAACACUGUAGCAAUCAACACUACUGUAGCUAUAGUGUUGAUUAUAUUUUAUUGAGAGAUCUUAAAUUUGAUAUCUGAUCUUGUAUUGUAAUUUCUUGUUGAUUAAUAAGAAAUUAAUUGUGUGGCUUCUGAGAACGUAGGCAAGUUUGCCGAACCUUGUUAAAUCUUAGUGUACUUUUCUCUAUACUACGUUUUUGUUGCUUUAGGGGUUUAGUGUAGCCCCGGGUAUUCCCCAACAAAUGGUAUAAGAGCUUGAAACGAUUUAGAGGAAGUCAGAUUCAAGUGGGAGCAAUGGCCGCAGAUGAAGGAAAUAUGAAAUUAGAGAAGUUUGAUGGAUCAGAUUUCAGAUUCUAGAAAAUACAGAUAGAGGGUUAUCUGUAUCAGAAAAAUCUGUAUCAACCUCUCUCAAGGAAGAAGUCGGAGGGUGUGAAGGAAGAAGAUUAGAAUUUUCUAGACAGAAAGGCCCUCGGGGUUAUUCGUUUGACGUUAACCCACAAUAUUGCUUUUAACAUUACAAAUAAAAAGAUCACGACGGGUCUUAUAGCAGCACUCUCAAAAUGUAUGAGAAGCCAUCAGCCUCAAACAAAGUUCAUUUGAUGAGGCGAUUAUUCAAUCUGCGAAUGACGGAAGGUGCAUCAGUAGCACAUCAUCUCAAUGAACUCAAUACAGUCACGACCUAAUUGAGUUCAGUUGAUAUUGAGUUUGAUGAAGAAGUACGAGCGUUGAUCCUUUUAUCUUCCCUACCAGAAAGCUGGAAUGCUACAGUCACAACUGUGAGUAGCUUGUCGGGAAGCAACAAGUUGAAGUUCGAUGACGUUCGUGAUCUAGUUCUCAGUGAGAAGAUCCGACGGAGAGAGUCGGGUGAAGCUACAACCUCUUCAAUAUUAUAUACAGAGUCAAGAGGUAGAAAUUCAACCAGAGGAAAUAGAUUAAAGGAUAGCGGUCCAAAUCCAGGAAUCUCAGCAGCUCAAAGGCUAUUGAGUAUUGAAAGUGCGGGAAAACUGAACACUACAAGAAUCAGUGCAAGAGUACACAGAAGGAGUGGGAGGCAAAGGCAGAUGCAAAUGUUGCUUCCACCUCAAGAGGAGAUGAUGCAUUGAUAUGCUCUUUGGAGAACAAGAAGGAGCCUUGUGUGUUGGACUCUGGAACAUCAUUCCAUGCUACUUCUCAGAAAGAAUUUCUCGAGAAGUAUAUCCUCGAGAACCUUGGAAAUGUAUACCUUGAUGAUGAUCAACCGUGUGCUAUUAUUGGCAAAGUUGUAGUAAGAUUAAGUUGAACGGGUCAGUAUAGGAGCUGAAGGAUGUCAGACAUAUUCCCGAUCUGAAAAAGAACUUAAUCUCAAUAAGCCAGGUGGCUAGUGAAGGAUACACUAUGACUUUCCAUGGUGAUGAUUGGAGGAUUUCGAAGGGCGCAAUGACGAUUACCCGAGACAAGAAGAAGGAUACCUUGUAUAUGAUAGCGGGUGCACAUUGUUUGAUUUCAAUUACAGUAGACAAUGAGACUUCAAAGCUGUGGCACCAGAGACUCAGUCAUAUGAGUAAAAAUGAGAUGAAUAUUAUGCAUACAAAGGGAAAACUCCCAGGUUUACAAUCAGUAGAGAUUGAUAUGUGUAAAGAAUGCAUAUUUGGAAAGCAGAAGAGAGUCAGCUUCCAGACAAGUGGCAGAACCCCUAGGAAAGAGAAGCUAGAGCCCGUUCACUCAAAUGUUUAGGGACCAACCACCACCGCGUCCAUUAGUGAAAAACACUACUUCGUGACUUUUAUUGAUGAUCACUCUCGAAAAGUAUGAGUCUACUUUCUGAAACACAAGUCAGAAGUGUUUGAAGCUUUCAGGAGAUGGAAAGUCAUAGUCGAGAAUGGGACCGGUCUGAGAAUAAAGAAGCUUAGGACCGACAAUGGCGGUGAAUAUGAAGAGACCGGAUUUAAAAAGUUCUGCUAUGAGCACGGAAUCAGAAUGGAGAGAACCGUGCUCGGCACGCCUCGGCACAAUGGUAUAGCUGAGCGCAUGAACAAAACGUUGACAGAGAGAGGUAGAAGCAUUCAGAUAUAGUCAGGUCUACCGAAACAGUUAUGGGCAGAAGCAGUCAACACAGCAGCUUACUUGAUCAACCAAGGUCCAUCGGUUCCAUUGGAGCACAGAAUACCAGAUGAGGUAUGGUGCAGAAAGGAGGUAUAACUCUCACAUCUCAAAGUUUUUGGUUGUGUAACUUACGUGCAUAUUAGUGAUCAAGGCAGGAAUAAUGUGAUAUUCAACGAGAAGGUGAUGUACAAGAACAUGCACAUGACAUAUGACUUAGAGAACGAGUCAAUAUUUGUAGAUGCUGAUGAUGUCACGAGUAACCUCUCGGAAGAACCCAAUGCAGAAAGUCCUCAGCCAGAAGAGCCUGUUGGACAGAAGGGUGCGUAGGAGCCCGACGCACCAGCUCCGAUAUUUUAAGUUUAUGUUUAAGUCAAUAUUAAGUUUUUUAUUGAUGGUAAAUUUAAGUUUAAGUAAAUAGUAAACUUAAGUUAACAAUAUAUUAGUUAACAGUAAACUUAAGUUUAAGUUUAUUGUUAACUUAAACUUAACAGUAAUUUGAGUUGAGAAUGAGUUUUUCACUGUUGAGAUGAACUUAUAAUUUGAGUUGCGAAGUAUAAACAUACAAAGAACUAUUAUAAUUGGUAAACUAAGCAAUUU